UGAACAGACAAGAAACUCAAGCGUUACUUCUGCACAGUCAUUCAGCUCCUGACACAAGAUGAAUCUGCAGGUCUCCGUCGUUCUUCUUUUCAUUUCUCUCACUGGAGGUUAUUCUCUCAAGUGUUACUCCUGCACGUCUCCAUCGAGUUCCUGUAAAGGACAAGAGGACACAUGCUCAUUUGGAUUUUCUACAUGUUUCAGCACUACGGUGGAAAAACCUAAUGAAUUCACCACAGCUAAAGGGUGUGCACCAGUCUGUGUGCCAGGGACUGUAGAAGUUGCAGGAGUGAAAACGACUAUGAGAUGCUGUGACACUGACCUCUGCAAUGCUGCAGAUGGAGUGUAUAAGGGAAGCUUCCUCUUGCUGGUGUCUCCUCUGCUCUUCUACUUCCUGUUUCAGUGAGUCCAGCUGAACUUCAGAUUCUACAGCAAAGAUAAUAUGAGACACAAUAUGAAUAAAGCUUGUUUGUUGCUCUGAUGUUCUUUGGGUUAAGGAACUGAAAAUCUGCACUUUUUUAACAUUACAAAAUAACUGCGUUAAAACUACCACAUUAAUUUUAUUUGCAUAAAUGAAAAGUUAUUAUACUGUAGAAUGUUCAUGGCUGUUUUAAAAAGUUUGUAAUAAAAUAUCUACUUAUGUCUAUUAAACAUCUAUCUCAGUGAG